AUGACGGAAUUAAGCAUCACAGGCAAUCCGAUGAGAAAUGGGUUUGUUAUGGAUCAUCCUCAUUUUGCUGUACUUCAGAAUAUAUGUCUUAAAAAAUUAGUUUUGGUAGGCGACAGUAUACUUGGGAUAAGAUUUAGACCUUUUGAAAGAUAUGCUUUAAAGGAAAAUUGUUUAGAAGAAUUGAUUAUGUCUGACAACGUAAUGACUGACAGAAAAGAUGAUUAUGUAUUUGUAUUUUGUGCAUUUAAGCAUUUGAAAAUCAUCAGAAUUCCGCAUAUGAUAAUAAGAAAACGGAGAAAUAAACGAUUUACAUCGUCCGUAAAUGAUGCAUCGUACACUGUUUGCUCUCCGAAAACUUUAGAAGAAUUGGACCUGCACUCGCCAGUCAAGUCAUGGAACAAGAGAAGAGUUACAAAUGUUACUGUUGUAAACGGGUCUAAUUUAAAAAUUCUAAAUCUGGCUAACAUAACAAUACAUGACUGUAAUGGUACUGUACAUGGCAUUGCAAAUUUAGAGUUUUUAGAUAUGUCAGGAUUUAACUGCACAAUUUUAAGUGAAAAUCUUCUGAAGCAUGUACCAAAACUGAUAACUUUCAAUUCACAGGAUGCUAAUCUUGGGAUCGGUUUGAAUUCCUUGAAAAAUGCUUCAAAAUUCUUUGAGAUGAACUUAGAUCUUCAACUCAUUGACCUGAAUCAAAAUAACAUUUAUUCACUUCCACAUGGCUUAUUUAAUCACAAUUUUAGACAUCCGAUUUCUAUCAGGUUUGACAAAAACAGGUUACAAUCGCUUUCAAGCUUUCCGACCAAACCAUAUAUAUUCAAACAUAUCAGCCUGACGCAAAAUAGAUUUUCAUGCCUAAGCAAUGACGAUAUCGAUAAACUCAAUAUAAUCCGACCGUCAAGUAUAUCUCUUCGUGGAAAUCCGAUAGAAUGUUCUUGUAAAACAUUACAUUUUAUGAAAUGGGUUCAUCUUUCGGGAAUUGUAAGUGAUCUUGGAGAAACUGAAUGUGUCCUCCAAAAUGGAACUCUUGCAAACAUGUCUCAUUUCUUACACAAUCUUAAAGCAUACGAAAUCAGUUGUCAAACGAAAUUCUGGGUAGCACUUGCAAGUAGUGUUACUUCUGUUUUAGUUCUUGCUAUUAUCUUAGGAAUAGUAUACUAUCGCUAUCGAUUUGCAUUUGAAUAUUUUUUCCUGAGAAUUAAAAUGAAACUUCGACAUUACCAGCCUCUUUCGGAUGAGUUUGAGUAUGAUGCGUUUAUAUCGUACAGUCAUAAAGACGUCACGUGGGUUACAGACCUUUAUGACAAGUUGAAGCCGAAAGGUUUCGAGCUCUGUUUACAUCAUAAGGAUUUCUUGGCUGGAGUACCUAUUGCUGAGUGCAUAGUUAAAGCAAUCAACUCCAGCAGAAAGGUUGUUUUCAUCAUUACAAAGGACUUUCUUGAGAGUAGCUGGGGAUCGUAUGAAAUAGAAAUGACAAGAAUGCACGCUUUCAGAGAGGGUCGUGAAUCCAUGGUGAUUGUAAUACUAAUGGGUGACAUUAAAAAAGAUAAACUUCCAAAAUCAUUGAAGGACAUUUGGUACAAGGUCGUAUGUAUAGUCUGGCCAUCUGACACCGAAGCUCCGUACAAUACUGAAGAAAUGUUCUACGAUAAACUAUGUAUUACAUUAUCAGACGGUCAUAUGAGGAUUAGUGAUGACAACACUCCUAUGUAA